AUGGCGACGGCGACUGCGACGGCCAGUGACAAAACCAACUCCAAAUAUUUACGAGGGUCGACUGACCACCCUCGCUCCCCCCUGGUUUCGUCUCUGGCGACGGCGAUGGCGCGGCGGCAGUGGUAUGAAGUCCAUCUCUGCCCCGACUUUGUGGUUCAAACAGCCAUCGUGGAUAUUAAGCUUACUAGUAAUCGUUGUAAAGAACACUUCGGAGGUGUUUUUGCUGUCAGCAAUGAUCACGAAGAAGCCUUAUCAUCUGCUCAAUUUGCCGUGACCCAGCAUAAUGAAACCCAGGGCAAGAAGAUUAUGCUUCAAAGUGUGGUUAGAGCAAGCAGGAUGAAGGUUGUUUGCGGGUGUGAUUAUUACCUAAUGUUGAAGGGGAUUGAUGAGAAUGGCGACUUAAAUGUUUAA